CCCCGGGAUGCAUCCGAGCUAGGAGCCAGGUCCAGGAUGGGGGCCAUGCCUAUCUGGGCCUCGGGCCUCCUGGUCCUCCAGAUGCUGCUCUUGGUGGAUGGGGAGCAGGGCACUCAGGACACCACUGCUGUGGCCACGGCUGCUGCUGAGAAGGGGCUCCACAUGCAGAAGGUGGGGUCUGGUUCUGUGCGAGCUGCACUGGCGGAGCUGGUGGCCCUGCCCUGUUUCUUCACCCUGUGGCCACGGCCAGGUGCGGCGGGAGAAGCCCCUCGGAUCAAGUGGACCAAGGUGCGCACUGCAUCGGGCCAGUGGCAGGACUUGCCCAUCCUGGUGGCCAAGAACAACGUGGUUAGAGUGGCCAAGGGUUGGCAGGGACGUGUGUCUCUGCCCGCCUACCCCCAGCACCGGGCCAACGGCACGCUGCUACUGGGGCCCCUGAGGGCCAGCGACUCCGGGCUCUACCGCUGCCAGGUGGUGAGAGGCAUCGAGGAUGAACAGGACCUGGUAUCUCUGGAGGUGACCGGUGUUGUGUUCCACUACCGGGCAGCCCAGGAUCGCUAUGCACUGACCUUUGUCCAGGCCCAAGAGGCCUGUCGUCUCAGCUCAGCCACCAUUGCAGCCCCACGGCACCUGCAGGCUGCCUUUGAGGAUGGCUUUGACAACUGUGAUGCUGGGUGGCUCUCUGACCGCACUGUUCGGUAUCCUAUCACCCAGUCCCGUCCUGGUUGCUAUGGUGACCGUAGCAGCCUUCCAGGGGUGAGGAGCUAUGGGAGGCGCGACCCACAGGAACUCUAUGAUGUGUAUUGCUUUGCCCGUGAGCUGGGGGGUGAAGUCUUCUACGUGGGCCCAGCCCGCCGGCUGACCCUGGCUGGCGCUCGUGCCCAGUGCCGCCGCCAGGGUGCAGCGCUGGCCUCCGUGGGCCAACUGCACCUGGCCUGGCACGAGGGCCUGGACCAGUGCGACCCGGGCUGGCUGGCCGAUGGCAGCGUGCGCUACCCGAUCCAGACGCCGCGCCGGCGCUGCGGGGGCCCCUCCCCGGGCGUGCGCACCGUCUACCGCUUCGCCAACCGCACAGGCUUCCCGGCACCUGGAGCGCGCUUCGACGCCUACUGCUUCCGUGCUCAUUACCCUACUCCACAACAUGGAGACCCAGAGACCCCCUCAUCUGGGGAUGAGGGGGAGAUUCUAUCGGCAGAAGGGCCUCCAGCCAGGGAACUGGAACCCAACUUGGGGGAAGGGGAAGUGGUCACCCCUGACUUCCAGGAGCCUCUGCUGUCCAGUGGGGAGGAAGAGCCUCUAAUCUUGGCAGAGAAGCAGGAGUCUCAAGAGACCCCCAGCCCUGCCCUUGGGGUUCCCACACUAGCCUCAAGUCCUUCCCCGGAGACUAAGGAGGUGUGGCUGAGCACUGUGGCCCCAUUCCCCAGCAGCCUGGAGGAAGGCACUUCAGCUGGCACGCACAGCAAGGCGACUCCAGCCAACCUCAAGCCCAAGAGGCGGGGUCGCUUUAAAGGGUUGAACGGGCGCCACUUUCAACAACAGGAAUCCCAGCAAGGGCUGGAGGGAAGGCUUGAGGUCAGUGCCCAGCCUCCCACCCCAGAGGCUGCUGGGAAUCAUGUGGAGCCUCCCCUGGCCACCGGAGCCACAGACUCCUUAGGGAGUGACAGGAGCCAAAGGCCCUGGGCUGUGCUGUCCAAUGAAGUGGAUGUGCCUGGAGCUGGUUCCCCUGGUGGCAGGAGCCCCCCAGAGCCCUGGCUGUGGCCCCCAACAGUGGUGCCACCCAGCAUCCCAGGCCCCAGCAGGGCCCUUGGUCUCGAGCUGGAGGAAGCCAAGGGCCCCAUUGUGAGGCUUGAUACCCUCAAACUUCCCUGGUCCCCCUCAGAGGCCACUGCUGUGGCUCCCAGCCCCUCAGAAGAUCCCAGUAGUGUCCCCUGGGAGGUGUCCCCCAUGGUCACUUCCCAAGACCUCCCUGUCAUGGCCAUGCUUCGUGCUCCCAAAGUGUGGCUCCUACCACAUCCUACACCCCUCCCUACCCAGACCAAUGGGGUUAAGGGUCAUAGUGAGGCCAUGCCCUCUGCCCUACCUUCCCUGGCCUCAGAGACCCAGGCUGGUCCCCAGGACCCCACCCAUCCAGAGAUGUAUUCCUUGCCCCCCUCCUUGGGCCUGACAGGACAAGGUCAAGAGGCCGUAACCAGUCCUAAUGCCCCCAGGGAAGACUUUGGAGAAACUGGGGGGACCAGCCCCACUGGACUCAACAAAGCUGAGCACCCCAGAUCCAGCCCACAGGCUUCUGUGGAUUGGAAUGUGGCAGCAGAUUUCACCCUCACAGAGAUGGCAACUGAGCCCACAGGAGGGAGAGGAAUCUCAGGGUCUGAGAAUGGGGUCUUUAGCACAGCAGAGAGUCCCACUUUCAGCUCACAGGCCCCUGUGGAAGAGGCACAGGGCACAUGGCCCUCACUGCACAUCAAAGAGCUGGACCCCCACACCUCCUCUGCACCGUCGGGGGACCCCAGAGUUUCCCUGAGUUUGAAGCCUUGGGCUGCUACAGAUGAAGGAGGUACAGAGGGUCCCACAGAUACAGCCACAGUGGACCCCAGUGAUGCUGGUAGGAUUUGGGAAUCUGGAUCCCUCAUGGUUGAAGGAGCUGAACGCCCCACCAUGAGCCCUCAAGUGGCUGUGGAUACAAAGGUGGUGAUGUCCCUCGUGUCCCUGGACCAGGGGGACAAGGGUGGGGUACUGACCACGUCCACAAUGGACUCCUCCAGCUCCCAACCCCACCCAGAGCCAGAGGGCCAGAUGGUGACCCAGGGAACACUGGAAGCCUUGGUCCCUCCACCUGAGGGCAUCCCCCUGGGGGAUCCCACUCUUCCUCCUUGGACACCUACGGUGGCCAGCAUGGACAAGCCUGUGUCAGUGUCCUCAGGGGAGCCAACAGUGCUAUGGGACUCCCCCAGCACUCUGCUGCCUGCCCCUCGGGUCCUGGACAAGUUUGAGCUGGAGGUCCUUGCAGGAAGUGCCAGUGUGGAGGAGGCAUCGAGUGGAGAGGAGCCGGCCCUGCCAGGGACCCCUGCAGAUGGGAGCGCAGAGCAGACCCCCUCGGAUCCCUGCGAGAACAACCCUUGCCUGCACGGGGGCACCUGUAAAGCCAAUGGCACCCUAUAUGGCUGUAGCUGUGACCAGGGCUUCGCUGGAGAGAACUGUGAGAUUGACAUCGACGACUGUGUCUCCAGUCCCUGUGAGAAUGGAGGUACCUGCAUCGAUGAGGUCAACACCUUCAUCUGCCUUUGCCUCCCAAGCUAUGGGGGCAGCCUCUGUGAGAAAGACACGGAGGGCUGUGACCGCGGCUGGCACAAGUUCCAGGGCCACUGCUACCGGUACUUUGCCCAUCGGCGGGCGUGGGAGGAUGCCGAGAGGGACUGUCGCCGCCGAGCUGGCCACCUGACCAGCAUCCACUCACCUGAGGAACACAACUUCAUUAACAGCUUUGGGCGUGAAAACACAUGGAUUGGCCUGAAUGACAGGAUCGUGGAGAGGGAUUUCCAGUGGACGGACAACACAGGGCUGCAAUAUGAGAACUGGAGAGAGAACCAGCCGGACAAUUUCUUCGCGGGCGGGGAGGAUUGUGUGGUGAUGGUGGCACAUGAAAGUGGGCGCUGGAACGACGUUCCCUGCAACUACAACCUCCCCUAUGUCUGUAAGAAGGGCACAGUGCUGUGUGGCCCCCCUCCAGCAGUGGAGAACGCUUCGCCCAUCGGUGCCCGCAAGGCCAAGUAUAACGUCCACGCCACUGUACGCUACCGGUGCGACGAAGGCUUUACCCAGCACCACAUGUCCGUAAUCCGGUGCCAGAGUAAUGGCAAGUGGGACUGGCCCCAAAUCGUCUGUACCAAGCCCAGAAGGUCCCAUCGGAUGCGGCGACACCAUCACCACCACCAACAUCACCACCAACGCCACCACCACAAAUCACACAAGGAACGCAGAAAACACAAGAAACAUCCGGCGGAGGACUGGGAGAAGGAGGAAGGGAAUUUCUGCUGA